AUUUUAGCUAAUCAGUGUAACUUCGUUCAUAAAUUUGAAGCUAGAAGAUAGCGCUAAAUUGCACAAGACUGUGUCGUGAUAUUUGCCCAAAAACCUAAAAAUUAGAAUUUUGAAUGAGAAUGCUUGUCUACUUUUGAGCGUAACUCACUUUUCUUCGUCUCUCUUUUUCGUAUCGCUCAAGAAGAUUCAGUACCAGCUAGCACUCGCGCUUCACAACCAGACCUGAAGGGCAGCGGUGCGCUGACUGAUUGAUAGGCAGGGAACAAGAGGGGGUGCCGACGUCAUUGUUUACUCUGAAUGUUUAGCCUACUCUGAACCACUGCCAUCCAUGUUUAGCACACGUUUUGUUUCAGUUAUAUAUAUAUAUUUUAAAAACAAACAGACAGCGACAAUGACUCUGUACGGAGGUUCGUCCAAAUUUCUAAACUUUGGUGGGCUUUUGAAGAACGAAAAGUUUCCCAACUCGGAUUUGUAACAAAGUGUCAGCUGCAACAAGAAACAAUCCACACCAGCGAGCGUUUUAGUUUUUUGGGGACUUAUAUCCAAUAGUGAUAUUCUGUGCGAGAUAAUUUGUUCAAGUAACAACUCGGCAUGUACAAUCUGAGGCGUUUUUUCCCAGACACGCUCUGGAGUAACAUUCACUCGGAGACGUCGCCGGAGCUGUAGCCUUGGAGUGCAAUCGCGAUUCGGGGCUUGGCAGCCUCAGCCCUCGGGAUGAGGAAGCCCAGAGUGGGUCGGGUGGUUCUGGCGACCUGCGUCGGAUCAUUCUUCCUCCUGAUUUUCUACUUCCAGAGCAACUUGAAGCCAGCUGCGGAUCAGGACGGCAGAGAGGGCAGGAGGCCUGGGAGGAGCCCCCUGCAGGCCCUGUACGACAGUGACCAGCUGGAGCUCUCUCCCGUGCACGUGCUGCACCAGCGUCGGCGGGAGCUCUUGGAGGAGGAGUGCCGCGCCCACACCAGGAAGCGGCGCGUCCUGAUCCCGGAGGACCUCAAGCACCUGAUCGUGGACGACCAGCACCGGCUCCUCUACUGCUACGUGCCCAAGGUGGCCUGCACCAACUGGAAGCGCGUGCUGAUGGUGCUGACGGGCGGCGGGCGCUACGGCGACCCCCUCCAGAUCCCCGCCCACGAGGCGCACGUGCCGGGCCGCCUCCGCUCGCUCUCCGAGUACUCGACGGCCGAGAUCAACCGCCGCCUCCGCACCUACCUGAAGUUCGUCUUCGUGCGGGAGCCGCUCGAGCGCCUGGUCUCGGCCUACCGCAACAAGUUCACCCGCAGCUACAAUACGGCCUUCCACAAGCGCUACGGCACCAAGAUCGUGCGCCGCCACCGGGCCGACCCGCGGCCCGAGGCCCUGGACCGCGGCGAUGACGUCUCCUUCCGGGAGUUCGUGUACUACCUGGUGGACCCGCGCACCCAGCGCGAGGAGCCCUUCAACGAGCACUGGGAGCGGGUGCACGCCCUCUGCCACCCCUGCCUCAUCCACUACGACCUGGUGGGCAAGUACGAGACGCUGGAGCAGGACUCCAGCUACGUCCUGCGGCUGGCCGGCGCCGAGCCCGAGGUCCGCUUCCCCGCCUCCGGGAAGAGCGCCCGCACCACGGGCGACAUGGCCGCCAAGUUCUUCGACGACAUCAGCCCCUUCUACCAGAGGAAGCUCUACAACCUCUACAGAAUGGACUUCCUGCUCUUCAACUACUCCAUACCGGCCUACCUGAGGAUCAGAUGAGGGGAGUUUGAAUUGUGUGUUUCAUAGUACCGUUACGUUGUGUUUGGGUGUGUGUACGAUUGUGUGUACGAUUUUGGGGUGUUUAUAAGGGUGUAUGUGUGUGUGAGUAGAUAGGUUUCGGUAAAUGCAUAUGUGUGAGAACAUAGGUUUAGGUACAUGCAUGUGUGUGUGUGACUAGGUAUGUGUGUACGUGUGCGUGUUGUUAGUAACGAUGCCUUAACUGGGAAACACUUAUGAAGUAUUCAGCCACUAACGAUUUGAAGUGGGCCCGAAGGUUGAAACUUCCUGUUUUUGUCUCCAGACUAACUGUGAUAGAAGUCAUAAUCCUGCUGACAGACAGACGCUGUGCAGUAGGUUGUGCUAAGGACUUGGGCCGCGGCGCUUUCUGACGAGCCACGUUCGGAGUUACACAGGGAAACCGCGACAAAACAACGUCAUCCUCACGAUCCUUUCUGCAUGAAAUGUACUGUACGCUGAAAGGGUUAAUUCAAUCAAACUGCGUUUGAACCUUCUGUUUGGGAGAACUGAAGACAGUGUGGAAAUCCAUCCGUUUACACACCAGCAAACUGAGCCUCUCCAUCUGGCGUCGACGCCUGUUUCAUAUCAAUGGAUUUAUCUUUUCCUAAAUGAGUGUUUAUGUGAAUUGUGGGUUUGAGGGCACUGGUACUCUUAAACUAGAGUGAAAGGAAAUAUUUCACACCACAGCAUUCAUUGUUACUUAUGUUUACUGUGGUUGCAAUGUAUACCAAAUAUAGCCAAAUUUAUUUUUACAAGCUUUAAAUUUGGCAUUUUGCAAACAUCUCAUUGAUGUCCAAGACAAAGACUUUUCAAGGCACCAUGGGUGCAAAGGAAACUCGUUUAAAAUAUAGGGGGCUCUUUCCAAUUGCUGAUUUUUCAUCCUUUCCUCAUGUCCUUUCCUUGCUUACUUUGCUCCAGCCAUUGGAGGACGCAAGGAACGGACGCGAGCAUGGAGGAAUUGAGGAAACGUGUGUUAGGCAAAUAGAACAUCCUUGUUCAAUCAAGCUUCAGUUUGAAGUCACGUCAGUUACAGAUUCCAGAUGGGGAGAGGUGGAUCCACAAGUCGCUCAUUUAUAUGUCGAGUGUUCUGAUCAAAUACUUCCGCAAAGGAAGCACUCGUGUUUCCUUGCUCAAGCAUCUUUCGGGAGCCUCCUAGCUCCUUCCUCCUAGCUCCUUCAAGGAGCACUGAACGGGUUGGAAUGUCCUUGAAGAUAGUGGACCAUGACAGAUUUCCAGGUCCUUCGAGGAUCAAGGAGACAGUGACAGAUAAAAUAAGCGAUUGAACAGAACCCAGGGACUCGCCAGCUUCACAGAGUACGCACACACGCAAAGAUAGCCGAUUGUGAAAUUGCAAGGACAGUAAGUUGCCAAGACAUUGAGUCCUGAUGUACAUGCACCUCUCACAUUAAACAGGAACAGUUUUUCUCCCAACUACAUCAUCAGGAGUAACCUGCCUACCUUGUAGAGGCAGUAGUAUGAGGUAGGGCAUUACCCGUAUCAUAGAUGUUUGCAUUUUUACUGUCCACAGACCACAAUAUAUUUUUCUGGCUUCCAUUUUGGGGUGAACUUUUUACUUUAACUUGGCAAGGGCAGCCAAACUGUUCAGUAAUAUGCGGCGGGCACCGUACGAAGCAAACGCUUGAUGUGUGUAGUGUGUACGUGAAAGAAACUAUGGCGUCGUUUCAGUCGCCAAACCGUCUCCAGCUCCAGGAGGAUAAUUGGUACUGCCACGCUACUGUCUACCGCCAUAAACCUUCAUUUCAGUUUAAUUUCAGUCAGGCGGUAUACAGGUUUGUCUCUUAAAGCCAGUGCAUUCUAGCCAGUAGGCUUACUAGCUAAUAUCUAGCUAUGACACUGCAGUUGGCUUAUGGUAAUUUAAAAGUCGAAUCCAUUUACAUAAUAUUUCCCCUAUAGCAUUUAGGCUUGCCCAAUAGUCAACAUUCAGGCUUCUUUUGUCUUUUUCAGUUCCCCUUUCAUUGAAACAAACAGCACAGACAUGCACGCGCGCGCACACGUACACACGCACACACACACACACACACACACUCACAAAGGCUUCUCUGUGAUGUCUGACUGAGAACUGGUCAUUAGCUUAAUAACAGGCUGACUACAUAAUGUGUGUAAACACAGAGUACAAAGACGUGGAGGUGCACUCCCUAAUGUUGCCUUUUCCAAGAGCAGAAUGAGUUACUGAUGGCUGGUUUGGUUAAAAUGAUGCAAGCGUGACAAAAGACAGGAUUAUUAUUGUUCAGUUCAUUAUAACAAAUGGCAAUGUUUGUCAGAUCAUGUGUCUUACAAGAUAAAACAAGAGCUGACUCUUCAGGAAAGUGUGCCUGUUCACUUUCAGUGUAGCCAAGGAAAAGAAUAGGAGCAAGGUGCAAACCACACUCACGGAUACUGUCAAUUUUCUGGGAAACUUAAUUCAUGUAACCUGUAUGUCUACGCGCAUAAUUUCAGGCGUCCUCAGAAAGUACAAUUUAAUGGUACGCUAAAAUUUGUGAUUACAAGACGCGGUGUGAUUUCAUGUGAAAAUGUGAAGGACUUUUACAGUCAGAUCCGUGUCAUGGUUCAGGUCCCCUCGUCGGUUCAACAGGACAUCACGCCGGAUCUGUGAUGUCACUGGCGGGCAGUUCAGCGACGCGGACUGGACUCUCAACGGCAUCCUCAGAGCCGUCUGCAGAGCCGCUGUCCUUCACCUUCCAUUUCCGCUGUGACCGGCUGAGGUUGUGAACACCCGCCCGUUACCUGCAGGCCGAGUCCCCCGUGGAGCCAGGAUUUCCGAGACGACUUUCUAGCGAUUUCCACGGCGCGUUUUUAUCGUUAGACGGCCAGUCGCCCGAGAGAGGACGUUUUACAACACCGCCUCCCAGAAGUCCUGCUUCGUGUCGUUUUCGGGGGAACUCACGAUGUCAUUGCGUCAGUUGUUUUGUAUCGUCUUCAUGUUCCUAUGCAGGUUUCUAAAAGUUUACGCUCAAUCAAUAACCGAGUCGCAUGGUUGCCGAUGUCACGUCACAUGGUUCAGCGCAGCUCUGUUUGAGAGAAUUUGCACCCUCUGCAGCUCGCGCCUGAACGCACGUGCACCGCACCUUUAUACCAGGAAACUGUGAAAACAGAGGCAGCGUGCGCUAGAAAGAGCGAAGCCGACUUCCAGCGUUUCAACGGCGGCUCGGCGGACGCGAGCCGACUCUGCUGAGUCUCAAAGAGCGAUCGUUGACACUGCAGUUCCGAGAGGAACACGCCAAACCGUUUGCUCAGAUUUGUGGUUGGAGGUGAAACUGUCCUUCGCUUAGAUCAAGGCCUCAAGUGAAUCUCAUCCAAAUGGUACAGCCAAUUCAAAAGUAAGAAAAGCCCUUACAUUACCAUUACAUCGUACUCCUCAUACGGUAAUAAUAUACUUCUAUUUAAAUACGAACUCCUUCACUGAGUCUCAGUUUGAGAUAUUUUGACUGGCGGAAGGUUUUUUUGGAAUUGCCUUCAGAAAUAAUAUCUGUGAUCGCAGCCUCAAAAUCGGGCAAAUUAAGUGGUCACCUCAGUGGGGAGUAUUCUGUGAUGUUUGAAUAGGAACCGCUCUUACAAUCACAAGGUCUGCUUCCUGCCUCGCAGUUUGGCGAAGAUGAACGCAGCCACAUUGUGUCUGUGGUUCGGCACGACCUUCGGGUUUAUCUCAUUUCAGAUUUAACACUGGCCCGUGAGCUGCCCCAGGUGUGGGGUAACUGAGCAAAUCUUUCAGUGCGUUUCUCUCUCUCUCUCUCUCCCUCUGCACAUUAUGUUGAGUUAACUGAAAUUAUACUCCGGGCUCCUGAGGUCAACCACAGCUCAUUUUUUAAAAAUAACUUUGAUCCGACGGUUUGUGGUACAGCGAACACAUUGACGCUUGGUUCUACUUUUCUUCAUAAUCAGCAUGUAUGUGUUCUCAUCGUUGAAAAGGUCCCUUGAACCGAGCAGGAAAAAUAUUUAAACGAGAAUUUGUUGGAGUAAAGUUGCUCUUUGUGUAAAAUCUUUUGGCAUGUGAGUGAUAUUUAUUAGUGUUCCGUAUUGCAAGUGUGUGAGUAACAUUCUGCGGAUUACAGGACACAAUGGUACCAUUGAUAGUCGUUUCAAAUAAAAAUAAAACAAGGUAUGGAGAUGUCAUUAUUUUGA